UCGGGCAGUGUGUGUUAGUGAUGGAUGUGUGUUGCUGAACAGAGGGGAGCAGCCACUGGGACCUGUGCUGCUGCGUCUGGUCUAAGCAAUAACGCAUUCUUCUUUUCUGCUUUUUUAAACUUUAAAUUGUUACAAUGUGGCUGGUAAAUUUGUAGGAAUACAGGACACGGUUUGCUUAAAGGCACAAAGGAAGUGAGGAGAAGGGAUGAAACAAGGGGAGCGAGGCCAGGUUGCAAAACACAAGGUCAGAUAUCUCAGGCUCACUCAUGAAAGUAUCCAUGUCUUGACAGUGAAAGCAGCAAAGGAUCAUGGGAUGUGUUUUGGGGAAAUCUGAUCUACAGCUGAAGAAAUGUGACCGAGGGACCCUUUCAGUUCCGGCUGCCACCGGUGAGUCAUCCGUUCUGGAUCCAUGAUUUCAUUGUGAACGAAUGUAUUGGUAGUGAAAGAGAACGGUUACCUCGUUGCCGUGACGACCCGGUGCCUCCUUCUCCCCUCCUGAUCUUCAGUGAUCAGAGCGGCUCUGUUGAUCCAGCGAUGGUACCGUCGGUACGUGGCCCGUCUGGAGGUGAGACGCAGGUGCACGUGGAACAUCUUCCAGUCUAUUGAAUAUGCGGGAGAGCAAGACCAGAUCAAGCUUUACAAUUUUUUUGGCUUCCUGAUGGACCACUUCACCCCAGCCAGCAGUGAAAGAAACCUAAUAUCUCACAUCUUUCGGAAAAAUGAAAUAUGCCGGGACACGGAGUGGGAGAGAUAUUUCUGCUACAAGAGCAUUGAAGUAAGCGAUAGCUACAUCGGCCCCCAUGUGACAUUCCCCAUGACCUUCUGCGGGGUGUCCAAGCUGGUGGAGGCCUUCAAGCACAAACAACAGCUUCAUGCUCGAUAUGUUCUGCAGCUUCUUGGGGAAACUUGGAGACUUCUCAGAAUUCUUCCAAACAUCAGUCACAUCUCCACCUGCCACAACAAACAGAUCACCAUCUGCGGAGAUUUACACGGGCAGCUCGAGGACCUGCUGUUAAUAUUCUAUAAGAAUGGUUUGCCGUCCUCCGAGAAGCCGUACGUCUUCAACGGAGACUUUGUGGAUCGGGGGAAAAACUCCUUAGAAAUCCUGCUCAUCUUGUUUGGGUUCCUGUUGGUCUACCCCAAAGAUGUGCAUCUAAACAGGGGGAACCACGAGGACCACAUCGUUAACCUGAGAUACGGUUUCACUAAAGAGGUUUGGGGAAAAUAUAGGGUGCACGGCAAGACGAUCCUCAAGCUCAUCCAGAAGAUCUUCAGCUGGCUGCCUCUGGCCACAGUGAUUGAGAAUAAGGUUCUGAUUGUGCACGGCGGGAUCUCCAACACGACGGACCUCGACGUGAUCGCCAGAGUGGACCGACACAAAUACGUGUCGGUGCUCAGGCCUCCGAAGGCGACCCAUCAUGCUGCCAACGGCGGGAAGACUCAGACAAUGAGCAGCAGGAACGGGGAAGCCGGUGGACCGGGGGGAGGCCGGCGCCGGGUGUGCUCCAUGGAGGCGACUGCACACCGGCACGAACUCCCACGGCGGUCGCUCAACGACGCGCCCUGGAGCAGUCAACGCAACUGGUCGGUGGAAGAGGAACUGAAGAGGAGGCGCCGGCUGGCUGGGUUCGACCAGUCCUAUGGAGAACUGAAGAAGUCGGACUCAAACCCGCAUUUCGGAGAAAUAACAGAUGUGGAGACAGAUGUUGAUGAGUGGAAACAAAUAGUAGAUUUGUUAUGGAGUGACCCGAUGCCCCAAAAUGGCUGCGUUCCCAAUGAGGUGCGAGGCGGAGGCUGCUACUGGGGGCCGGACAUCACUGAAGAAGUGCUGGGAAGACACAACCUCCAGCUCCUCAUCCGCUCCCACGAGUGCAAACAGGACGGCUACGAGUUCUGCCACAACCGCAGGGUGCUGACGAUAUUCUCAGCGUCUAACUACUACGAGGUGGGCAGCAACAGAGGGGCCUACAUCAGAAUGGGGCCCGAUCUGGUUCCCCACUUCAUUCAGUACCAGGCCAGCGAGACAUGCAGAGAGCUCACCCUGAGACAGAGCGUCGGGUGGACGGAGAGAUCGGCCCUACGAGCUCUGAGGGAACAACUGUUUGUCCAUAAGUCCGAUCUCAUCGUUGCCUUCCAGGAGUUUGAUCCCAACAACAAAGGGAUGAUCUCUCUAAGGCACUGGGCCAGCGCCACAGAGAGAGUACUCAACCUGGGUCUGCCCUGGAGGGUGCUGCGCCCUCAGCUUGUCAGCAGCACCCAGUACGGCAUGGUGGACUACCAGCUGUGGAUAAGGGAGCUCUCCAUCACCGAGCCCAAACUGGAGAUCUCAGAUAACAGCAUCCUGGAGACGAUGUACAGAAACCACUCCAACCUGGAAACCAUCUUCCGAAUAAUAGACACGGAUAACUCAGGUUUGAUCUCUUUCGAGGAGUUUCGUCAGACCUGGAAACUCCUGAGCUCUCAUCUGAAGACGGAGAUCAGCGACGAGGCCAUCGCAGACCUGGCCCAGAGCAUCGACUUCAACAAGGACGGCAGCAUCGACAUCAACGAGUUCAUGGAGGCCUUCCGGCUGGUGGACAUCUCGGCGAGUACCUGAGAGCCGGCACUGGGAGCUGUGGGUUGGGCUCGACUCGUUCCCUUGGAUACGCGUCUGCGGAAAAGAAAGAAAAAAAGAAACUUUCGUAGCAUCUCAUCAGUUGAACUGUUCAGAUCGAGCUCGAUCUUUUCCACCUCUCGUAUUAUCCACCUGUAUAUUUUUUUAACCUUUUUCUUUUAUUUAUUCAAGUCUAUUUAAGAAGUGGAUGUAUCUUGAGGAUUGUUCUAUGUGUAACUUGAUCAACCUGCUUAGCUAUGCAUAAAAAUAAAAAAAGCAUCAAACAUU